AAAUCUCUCCGAGGGGCUGAGAGGAGGCGCGCGUGGGUGCGUGUGUGUCUGAAAAAGCGGAACAAGCCGCUGUAGCGCUCCUUUACAGUUUACAGUUUAGUGCAUAACCAGGCAAACUCCGUACACUUAAUGAACGGGGUAUGUUUAGCAAUUAGUUUUACUCGAGCUGUUACUGAGGACCUUGUAUAUCAGACUGUCGGUUCCCUUAUAGAGGAACUAAGGGUGUUUGUUCAAGUUUCCCUCAAUAACUGAUGCGGAUGAAGAUGAGCUUGUGGACGCUGGUGUUGUUCCUGCUGCCUUUUGUAUCCAGGGGGAACGCUGGUGAAUGUCAGAAACCUGUUCUGGAGGAUAAUGUGGUGUUAACGGAAUCUGCUAUUCUGAAAAAUAAAUUUCCUGAUGGAUCUGAUGUCAUUCUGGAGUGUGCUAAGGGCUAUGUGAGGCAUAACGGCUCUUACACCAUCACAUGUUUCUCUGGUCAAUGGAGCAAACAGGAGUUGACCUGUAAAAAAAAAGACUGUGGUCUUCCUCCACCAACUCCCAAUAUGAAAUAUAACAUUCCUAAUGGAACAUUGUUUGGUGCAUACGUCACACCAGUUUGUAACCCUGGAUAUCGCCUUCAGGGUUCCAGCCAUAAGCAGUGUCUUUCAAGUGGCUGGAUUGGAAAGUCAAAGUGUCUGUUGAUAACCUGUGGGAAGAUUCCUGAGAUACCUCAUUCUAUCAUUGUCAGUCAUCCUAGCAAAGAGAGCCUCGAUUUUAAAGACGUCGUUGAAUACAGAUGUGAGGAUAAAUACACCCUUGUAGGCAAUGGAUCUGUUGUUUGUCAAGAAAAUGGGAUGUACAGUUCAAUUCCACAGUGCAAAGUGGUAACCUGUGAGGAGAUUCCUGAGAUACCUCAUUCUAUCAUUGUCAGUCAUCCGAGCAAAGAGAGCCUCGAAUUUAAAGACAUCAUUGAAUACAGAUGUGAGGAUAAAUACACUCUUGUAGGAAAUGGAUCUGUUGUUUGUCAGGAAAAUGGGAACUACAGUUCACUUCCACAGUGCCAAGUGGUAACCUGUGGGGAGUUUCCUGAGAUACCUCGAUCUAUCAUUGUCAGUCGUCCGAUCAAAGAGAGCCUCGAAUUUAAAGACGUCAUUGAAUACAGAUGUGAGGACAAAUACACUCUUGUAGGAAAUGGAUCUGUUGUUUGUCAGGAAAAUGGGAACUUCAGUUCACUUCCACAGUGCCAAGUGACUUCCUUAGAGAAAUGGGAUGUUUCACCAUACUGGAAUCCCAGUGCUAUGGAGAACGUAGUUGUGAUCGUAAUCAUUGUCAUCGCUACUAUUUUGGUUUUAGUCGUAAUUAUAAUUUUUGUUGUGCCAUAUUACCUGAAACGAAGAGGAUCAUAUGACACUGGUGAAGAAGACAAGACAAAAGGAGCAUUAAAGCAAGCAAACUCUUACUCCUACAAACAGGCCCAAUACAAGGGCCCGUAAUCGCACAGCUCCUGUCUGCUGAUCUGCUUGUGAUCCAUGCAGUAUUCAGGGCCACAGUAUUACCUCAUGAAAUGUGACCAAAAAUGAUUUAUUUGCACAUUGAUAGAUAUUAUUAUAUUCUGUACGAAUUGAUUUCUGUUUCCUUUUCUGAAUGCUGAAAUUCAUAGCUCACUUUGAAAAACAUAGCUCACGUUGAGAUCAGCGACACAUUUCUCCCUGACAUUCUCUCUAAGGGCUGGGGGCUCCUUACACAGUCUUCCAGAACAGAAAUGGGAACCAAGAUGGCUCAUAUUUUCUCCUAAAGUGGUUUUGUCUCAGGCCAGACUAUAAGCGUGAGACAGGCCAAAAUAAAUCUGUCACACUGUGCUCUUCACAAGUGAAUUCCUGAUACACGGACACAGAGCAUCUUUUAUUCAGUCGCUCAUGCAGAAACCGAAGUGCACUGAAGUAAAGGCCAUGACGUGUGAGGCAGCCACUGAUUAUUGUUACCUGGUCAGUGGCACUGCGUUAAGCACCAGAUUUGGGCAAGCUUACAAAUAAAUCAUAUUUAAAGGAAAGUCAAUAGCAAUACUCAUUCAGAUAUACGUUGUUUAGUCUAGCCGACGAAGUACAGACUUCAGAGCAAAGAUAUUAGAAUGUAAUGCUUUAUAAGCACUUUAAAGAUUCACUGUGGCUGUUUGAUGAACUGUGUGACUAAUCUGAUGAUGUAAUAAUCUUGUAAAUAUUUUUCUAAUAAAACUAUUUACAAAGUU